AUGACAACAUUAAUGACAUCAAUGGAAAAUGAAGAAAAUCAUAAUAAUAAUGAUUUAACAACAACAGUUAAAUUUUUAAUACAUUAUCAACAACAAGCUACUGUUAUUUAUUUGCCAUUAAAUUUAACAUUAGAAUCAUUUUAUAAUCAUUUAUGUUCAAUAUGUCAUUUAACAUUAACAAAUCCACCAACAUUUACUAUUAAAUGGCUUGAUGAAUCAUUAGAUGCUAUAACAAUGUCAUCACAAAGAGAAUUAAAUACAGCUAUACGUUUAUAUAAAAAAAAUUCUGAUAAAGAAUUACAUAUACAUGUUUUUCCAAAUCGACCUGAACAACCUGGACUUUUAUGUCCCGGUGAAGAUCCACUUAUAUAUAGACGUGGUGCACGUCGUUGGAGAAAACUUUAUUUAAUUAAUGGACAUCGAUAUCAAGCAAAACGUUUUAGUACAACAGCUGCUUGUACUGUAUGUAAUGAUCGUUUAUGGGGUUUAGGUAGACAAGGUUAUAAAUGUCUUGAUUGUCGAGUUCUUGUUCAUAAACGAUGUGUAAAACAAUUACGAAUUGUUUGUGGUACAACAUCACCACAACAUACAAAAUUAACUGAUACAAAUGGAAGACAUCCGUCUGUUGGUAAUACAACAAAUGGAAUUAAUGAACAAAUUGAUCGAAAUAGACCAACUGGUGCUAGUGUUAUGAAUACGAAAGAUUCUAUGGGUAAACAAAAAAUACCAAAUAUUGUUGAACCUGGUCCAUUAAAAAGAGCUCAAGGUGUUGCAGAUCUUGGUCAGAGUCCAAUUGAUGAUCCAAGUGGUGCUAAUAGUAAUUAUAUCGAUGCAGCUGCUGCUAUACAUAAUUCUACAUCAACUUCUCCCAUAAUAAGUUUACAAGAUUUUGAAUUACUUAAAGUAAUUGGUCGUGGUUCAUAUGCUAAAGUUUUCUUAGCAGAAUAUCGACCUCGACAUUUACGUAAUAAUAAUAAUAAAAAUAAUAAUAAUCAAACACCACGUUUAUAUGCAAUGAAAGUAAUAAAAAAAUCAAUUGUUAAUGAUGACGAAGAUAUUGAUUGGAUUCAAUGUGAAAAAAAUGUUUUUGAAAAAGCAACAAAUCAUCCAUUUCUCGUUGGUUUACAUUCAUGUUUUCAAACAGCAUCAAGACUUUUUUUUGUUAUUGAAUUUGUUACUGGUGGAGAUUUAAUGUAUCAUAUGCAACGACAACGAAAAUUACCUGAAUCAAGUGCUAGAUUUUAUGCAGCAGAAAUAACAGUUGCUUUACAUUUUUUACAUGAACAUGGUGUUAUUUAUCGUGAUUUAAAAUUAGAUAAUGUUUUACUUGAUGCUGAAGGUCAUAUCAAAUUAACGGAUUAUGGAAUGUGUAAAGAAGGUUUAGAUUUUAAACGUGAUGAACGAACAAGUACAUUUUGUGGUACACCAAAUUAUUUAGCACCUGAAAUGUUACGUAAUCAUGAUUAUAAUUUUAGUGUAGAUUGGUGGGCACUUGGUGUGCUUAUGUUUGAAAUGAUGGCUGGACGUUCACCAUUUGAAAUAGUUGGUUCAGCUGAAAAUCCUGAUUUAAAUACCGAAGAUCGUUUAUUUCAAGUUAUUCUUGAACAACCCAUACGUAUACCACGUUCAUUAACUGUUCGAGCAAAAAAUGUUCUUGAAGGUUUUCUUAAUAAAGAUCCACAAAAUCGUCUUGGAUGUCGUUAUGAUCAAACAUUAGGUUGUCGAGCUGGCUUUCAAGAUAUAUGUUUACAUCCAUUUUUUCAUCCAGCUAUUGAUUGGCAACGUUUAGAAUCAAAACAAAUUGUUCCACCCUAUAAACCAAUAUUAACUGAAGAUCAAGAUCUUUCACAUUUUGAUCCACAAUUUACAAAUGAAGAUGUUGUUUUAACACCUGAAGAUGAGCAAAUUUUAGCUCGUAUACAACAAUCAGAAUUUGAAGGUUUUGAAUAUGUUAAUCCAUUAAUUAUGACUGUUGAAGGCAAUGUUUAA